AUGGCAAUUCAAGGGGCUGAGCAGACCAUCCUUAGGGAUCCGGCGCUAUUCUAUUGGAUUCUCUUCCCCAUUUCAAUUGUUAUGAUCCUGACCGGUAUCCUUCGCCACUAUGCUACGGUCCUGAUGAACACGCCCCCCAAAUCGCCAUCCACUCUUGCCGAGUCUCGCGAGCGCCUUGCUCUUCUCCGCGGUGUGAAUCUCCGCAACAAUGCCUGCUCCGUACUCGACCGCGAGUCCUUCGAGAUGCGCAAGAACUACAUGGUUACUGGAUUCCGCAACGGCGCAUUUCUGAAGGACCCCAACAACCGUGGCCAACCCCCCGCGAAUCCCAUGACUGACCCCGCGGGUAUGGAAGCUAUGAUGGGAAUGCUUAAGGGAAACAUGAUGAUGAUGAUCCCGCAAACCUUGAUCAUGAGCUGGAUCAAUGCUUUCUUCUCUGGCUUUGUCAUCCUGAAAUUGCCCUUCCCUCUUACCAUCCGCUUCAAGUCGAUGCUGCAGUCUGGUGUCAUGACUCGCGACCUUGAUGUGCAAUGGGUCUCCAGUCUUUCGUGGUACUUCCUCAACUUGAUGGGCCUUCAGUCCGUUUUUGGAUUCAUCCUCGGCAGUGAUAACGCUGCCAACCAAAUGGCCCAGCAGAUGGGUAUGGCUAACCCAGCCGCAAUGGUCAACCCGCUUCAGCCUGGCCAAGAUCCCGACAAGCUGUAUCUGAACGAAGCGGAGAACUUGGAAGUGAUGGAGCACUUCUGCAUUCUGGAUGGGGUGGAAGAGAGAAUCCUGCAAAACUUUGCUCCUACGGGGAUCUAA